CAAAAUUCUUGGAAUUCAUAAUAAAGAAGUAGAAUUUGAUUUGUAAAAAGUUGAAUUUGAAGUGCGAAACCUGCAUUAUUCUCUAAAAUAGAAAAAUAAGAGUAAAUUAUUUUUCAAUUUUUAGUAAAACUGAGAAAGUAUAAAUGAAGAAUCGUGAUAUUUAUACAAUAAACACUUAAUAAGAACAAUGAGUAAAGAAAGUAAUUUAAAUCAUGCAAUUGCAGGAGCUAUCAGCGGAUUUCUUACACGAUUUACUUGCCAACCUUUGGAUGUUGUGAAAAUAAGAUUUCAGUUACAAGUUGAACCCAUAAAACCGUACCAUAUAAGUAAAUAUCAAUCUAUUUUCCAAGCAUUUUGGUUAAUAUUAAAAGAAGAAAGAAUAUUUGCAUUAUGGAAAGGACAUUUACCUGCUCAAUUAUUAUCUAUAAGUUAUGGGGCAGGACAGUUUUAUUCUUACAACGUACUUAUGACGUUUUCUAAUAGGAAUUCAAUCUUAAAUGAGUGGAAGUAUUUGAAAAAUUUUAUGGUUGGUGCAAGUGCCGGAAGUAUAGCUACUAUUAUAUCUUUUCCUUUUGAUACAAUUAGAACGAGAUUAAUAGCUCAGUCUUCUAAUGAUAAAGUAUAUAAAAGCAUAAUACACUUGUGUAGUGUAAUUUUACGCCAAGAAUCACCGAAGGUCUUUUUUGCCGGAUUAUCACCGACAUUGAUACAAAUUGCUCCACAUAGUGGUUUACAUUUUUUAUUUUAUAAUUUUCUAAUAGAUACUUAUAAAAAAUAUUUUAAAGAAACCAAUAUAAGCUUUUACAAUUCUUUAAUAUCGGGUGCUGUGGCUGGUUUGAUGGCUAAAACAAUUGUAUAUCCAAUGGAUUUAGCUCGAAAAAGACUGCAAAUCCAAGGUUUUAAAAAUGGUAGGAAAGGAUUUGGUAAAUUUUUUGAAUGCAAAGGUCUGAUAGAUUGUUUCAGAGUUACAAUAAGAGAUGAGGGUGCGAAAGGUUUGUUUAAAGGGUUAUUACCGAGUCAAUUAAAAGCUGCAAUAACAACAGCUCUACAUUUUACUUUUUACGAACAAGCUUUAUUAUUCUUAAAAAAUAUUUGAUAAUAUUCAUUUGAAAGAUAAUUAUAGGCAACUAGAGAACAAGGAAACUAUAUUUUAAGAAAAAUUAGUAACAUUUAAUUUAUCAUUUUUUUUAUGUAAUACUGGAUAUAAAUAAAAUAAUAAACAAAUAUUAAUAUACAUAUACGAAAGUAUUUGGAUAUUAACAUUUUUAAAAUUUAAUGAAUUAAAUAUGUAUAUUAAACUAAAGUAUGUAAACUAAUUUGGCAUAUAUAAUAUUGGAUAGAUUUUAAUAUAACAUGAGUGCAAUUUGAAAAUGAUUCAAAGAUGUACAUAGUUUUUACAAUGUGUUUACUAUAAACACGUACGAUAAGUGGACUACAGAAGCAUUAAAUUUUUUUUAUGUUAAUCAUGCCCUGUGUUAUUUGGUAAUCAUAUUAAAUAAUUAAUAUACAAUUAUACUGAUUCACGGUGUAAAACAUAUGCAUAUCAUAUAUAUAUAUAUAUAUAUAUAUAUACACACACACGCACGUGUGUGUGCGCGCGCGGUAAGUAGCAUGAUAUAAAUGUAUAGACCAAUCAGAAAGAUCUACCAUGCAAGUCUUUUUGAUUGGUAGUAAAUCCGUACAAUUAUUGCAUACCGUAAAACAGUUAUUAUACAAAUUAUAUAUAAAUUAGCAAAUUUUCAGACAUGAUAAAUAUUUUUU